AUGCGCAGUGCUCUUGGGUUCAGCCGCAGAUCGGCCGGCCUGAGUCCAGAGUCCGAGGUGUCCCAGCGGCCAGCAGACAGUAGUGCUCCGCAGAGGGGCGCGGCGCAAGGCUACCGCGACGUCCUGCAGGCGGACAGAAGGUCCUUUGGUGGCAGCCAGGGAAGGCCUGGUGGUAGAGGUCGCCUGAUUGUUGGUGUAGCUCUCAGAGGAAGAAGGUCCUGGGAGCAGGCCCACGUCCAUGUCGAGGAAACACUCAGGUUGUCUGUUUUGCCCUUUCUCCGCUUCUGUCUCCCACUUCGCGUUCUAGGGAUGAAUUACCACCAGUUCCUCCGCCACAAUCUGGAAGACUAGCCAGUUUCUCCGGGUUGAAUACAAGCGCUUGAGGGACUCCGCAGGCGAUUUGUGGAAGCCUGCAGAGCCGGGGAAGUAGCGUUUCAUGCCGAAUAUCAGCGGAAUCCUCAGAGGGUGGAUUUUGAAAUUUUAACAUUUCCUGUAGCUCUGAGUGCACCUGAAAUUAUCAGUCCUCUUAUAGAAGAAUUUGGCUGUGGUAAAUUUAUCAACAGAGAAUAA